CUUCAUUCUCUUUAUCAAGGGUGUAUGGUUGCUCAACCAUCCUUUCUAGACCUGAAGGACAAUCACGGACCGUAGAAUGAACGUGACGCUGCGACUAGGGGAUGAGGAUGUAUAUGAAGAUGCAUACGAAGUCCAGCAGGAACCUCUAGGAACGCGUCCCAGCAUUGAUAGGGUUCCAUGUCUGAGAAGGUCUGAAGCAGCCUUGGUUCCCGCUGCUUCAUGUGACCCAGUAAAGAGCAUAGGAUGCAAGCGCCAACUUGCCUCAGAGUCUGAACCCAGAAAGCAAACAGCUAAACGCGCGCGAACCGGUAACCGUGCUGCACGCAAGCAUGAACGGUUUUGGCUUGCAGACGGGAAUGCUAUCAUUGAACUUGACGGUGUACGCUUCAGGGUGCAUCAAUCAUGGCUCGCACGGCAUUCAGAACACCUGGCAAGCAUACUCCUCGAGACAGGACAUGACGACAAACCUGAAGAUAGAAUAAUUGAAUUUGAAAGAAGUAAAUUACGACUCAUCCUCAAUGCAGUAGAUUUUGAGGCGCUGCUCUUACUUUAUGAAAAUCCAGGGAAUUACCGCAACACCAUCGAGCCUCCCGUACUAAUGUCCCUCAUCCGCGCAACGACGUUGCUUGGUUUCGACUCUGACCGUGUAUGGCUCGUGAAGGAGCUGGAAGUGCUCUGGCCCUCUGACCUGGAAGAGCUGGUCGCUAACCCAGAGCCGCACCUCGAUGCUCCGGAGGUAGCUGUCCUCGCAUGGAUGUACAACAUUGAUAGGUCAUUGAAGCCUGCAUUCUACGAUAUGGCAAGGAUGCCUGGGUUCGGUCUGGAAAAUCUCGAGAAAUCAAAGCAAAUCAGUCGUGCGGAUAUAUUGCGCUUUACACGGAUGAGAGAGUAUCUGAGUGACAUGUGGGUACAGGCAGCUACGCGCGAGAGUCCUGCCUUCGUUUGCCAAAACUUCCGUGGUGCGCCAUCCAGCGAUGGUGAAGGAACCUCAACUCCUAACCAAGCUGAAGAAAAGCCUGCACUCGACUCUGAUACCUCUGCUAGUGUGGCUAGCACAUGCCUCUGGGUCACUGCAAGACGCGAGGCGUGGGUUCGGCUGGUGUACGACUCAGGCAUUUUCACUCAGUAUCGGUACGACCCAUUGCGCGGACUGGCAGCAUUGAUAAACAUCGAGUGGACGGACGACUGGUGCAAAGAUUGUCAGGAGAAACGGAAGGCGGAUUGGCACAUAAUGCAGAGGAGCAUUUGGGAGAAGGUUGGCGAGUAUUUGAGGGAAGAUUAAUGGGUGGAUAUUGCACAUAAGCAUUCCACGCCAUUAUGUCUCGCUAGAGUUGCGCUGGCAUUCACUGACUCUGUACAUCAGAAUAAAGAGGGGCUUUGGAUGAAUGUUCAAGCUCAAGGCAGGCCUGGACUGGUUGUGGUUACUGAUCCAGAAAGUUAUUAUGCAGCUGAGUUUUCAUCAAUUUCCACCCAUUCUAGUCU